CCGACACAGUCGCACCAUACAGAUUCCGGGGACCCCCAGAGCUACGCCCCUUCCGUUUCCGGUUUCUCGCCAGUCAUUCGCCCCGCAUCGCGGUUCCGGCGCCGCCGGGUCUGGGUUCCGGGUUCGUUGCCCCGGUUUCCGGACCCGGCUGGUCUUCUGGGCCGCCGCGCGGGCGACCAGGACCCCGAGCCCCCAGGCGGAGGGGACCCGGGGGGCGGGGGCUUGUUUCGCGGCUGCAGCCCUCUUCUCACCCACGGCCCCGGCCCUGCUACCUCAGGGGGAGCGACCACGCUGCCUGUGGAGGAACCGAUCGUGUCCACAGAUGAGGUCAUCUUCCCACUCACUGUUUCACUGGAUAGACUGCCCCCAGGGACACCCAAGGCCAAGAUUGUAGUGACCGUGUGGAAGCGGGAGGUUGAGGCACCGGAGGUCAGAGAUCAAGGCUAUCUGCGCUUGCUGCAGACCCGAUCUCCUGGGGAAACCUUCCGGGGCGAGCAGAGCGCCUUCAAGGCCCAAGUGAGUACCCUGCUGACGCUGCUGCCUCCUCCUGUUCUGAAAUGCCGGCAGUUCACUGUGGCUGGAAAACACUUGACCGUUCUCAAGGUGCUGAACAGCUCCUCCCAGGAGGAGAUCUCCAUCUGGGAUAUCCGGAUCCUCCCCAACUUCAACGCCAGUUAUCUACCUGUCAUGCCCGAUGGUUCUGUGCUGCUGGUGGACAAUGUCUGUCACCAGUCGGGUGAAGUCUCCAUGGGCUCCUUCUGCCGGCUCCCUGGUACCUCUGGCUGCUUCCCCUGCCCACUUAAUGCCCUGGAGGAACAUAACUUCUUGUUUCAGCUGAGAGGGAGUGAGCAGCCCCCUCCAGGGGCCAAGGAGGGCCUCGAAGUUCCCCUGAUUGCUGUGGUUCAGUGGUCUACCCCGAAACUGCCCUUCACCCAGAGCAUCUAUACCCACUACCGACUACCCAGUGUCCGCCUGGACCGCCCCUGCUUUGUGAUGACUGCUUCUUGUGAGUCCCCUGUUCGGACCUAUGAGCGGUUCACUGUCACCUACACACUGCUGAACAAUCUCCAAGACUUCCUUGCUGUGAGGCUUGUGUGGACCCCGGAGCAUGCACAGGCUGGAAAGCAGCUGUGUGAGGAGGAGCGCAGGGCCAUGCAGGCGGCCCUGGAUUCCAUCGUCUGCCACACGCCCCUCAACAACCUUGGCUUUUCACGGAAGGGCAGCGCACUUACGUUCAGUGUGGCCUUCCAGGCUCUGAGGUCGGGGCUCUUUGAGCUGAGCCAGCACAUGAAGCUGAAGCUGCAGUUCACUGCCAGUGUGUCCCACCCUCCGCCCGAGGCCCGGCCCCUCUCUCGCAAGAGCAGCCCCAGCAGCCCUGCUGUCCGGGACCUGGUGGAGAGGCACCAGGCCAGCCUGGGCCGCUCUCAGUCCUUCUCCCACCAGCAGCCUUCCCGUAGCCACCUCAUGAGGUCCGGCAGUGUGAUGGAGCGCAGGGCCAUCACACCCCCUGUAGCCUCCCCGGUUGGCCGGCCCCUCUACCUGCCUCCGGACAAGGCCGUGCUGUCUCUGGACAAGAUUGCCAAGCGCGAGUGCAAAGUCCUGGUGGUGGAGCCUGUCAAGUAGCACUGUGCUGCUCUGCGCCCCACUCGCUCCAGGAACCCGAAGCCCCUGGUGGGUUUUCUGCUCCCAGGCUGUGCCUCCCCUGGGACACCCCCUGCUGUGGACGAAGAGGCCCAGCAGGGCCGCCUGUCUGUGUGUGCUGAGGGACAAGGGCAGAAGCUGUGAAAUGGGUGGUAUGGCUGCAGCGCUAGGCCCACAGUAUUUCUGAGUUCCUUUGGGGGGGCUGGCCCCACCCCAAGCAGGGCAAGGGCUCAGAGAGCUCCCUCGCCCCCACCCUGUCCCUUGUAAGUUUACAGAGUAUUUUCCUCAUUCUUGUUAUGUUCUGUCUGCCUCCCACAUUCCCUCCCACCCGCCGCAGCGCUGAGAUUAGAGGGUGGUGAUGGUAAAGGGACCUUGACAAUGCCCCUCCUGUCUCAGGGUUGGGAGAUAGCUAGGUGGCCUCCUUCUGCCCCUCAUGUUUACGUUGGUGGCCUGAAGCACUUUAAGUUGUGUCUUUUUUUUGGGGGGGGGUUCUGUUCCUGUAACUUAUUCUUCAACUACAACUUCCAACUGAAAUAAGACUAUUAAAUGCCUGUUCAGGAGGGAGAA